AUGAGUACUGCUACUUUUUGCCCUACUGAUGACUGGGGGUCUGUUCAGCUUCUCAACCCACCAGAAAUGAAUAUGCUUAGCUUCCCAUCACAACAAGAGCUGCAGGCAGCUUCGUCGGGCAUUUUCGGUCUGCAGGAUUACUACUAUAGCUUAGCUAACAUUAAUCCAGACGACACCUGCAUAGAUCCACUCUUCCAGCCAUACGAGUCCUCCGAAAAUUUUUUCCACCCCGAUUUUAGUUCUCCAACAGAUAACAUGAAUUUAGCCUCACUGUCGCCGGAAAUCUGUCCAACCCUAGAUGAAUAUGACUACUCCUACCAGGCCUACCCAAAACGCCAAAAGCUCUUCCAUGAUCAACAAGUCCAAUAUUGCAAUUCAAACUUCCCGAUCGCCACUCCCAAUUAUUUCAAUGCAUAUGAUCGGUUCCUCCAGCCUGAAAUUUUGGUUCCAACCCCUGAAAUUCAAAUUCAGAAUCCGCCUGCGGCUGCCAAGCUUAACAAUAAGGCCGUCAGUGGUACUGGAACUGUGUCACCGCAGAGCAUAGCUGCGCGCGAGAGGAGGAGGAGGAUAACGGAUAAGACUCAGGAGCUUGGGAGGUUGAUUCCUGGUGCCACAAAGAUGAACACCGCUGAAAUGUUGCAAGCUGCGUACAAGUAUGUCAAGUUCUUGCGGGCACAAGUUUCAGUUCUCAAACUCAUGACGGACUCUCCAAUUCAGCAGGAAAGGAAGGAAGAAGGGUUGCAUAUUAAUCAAGAGCGUCUCCAAAUUGUUGCAUCCCCAAUUGUUCAAGAGAAGCUCUACUCUGAAGAGAAGUGCUUAGUUUUGAAGGAGUUUGUUGAAGUGCUGGCAAAAGAUGAUGACAUCCAAUCCAAACCCUUGCUCAAAGACAAAUUUGCUGAGUUGCUGCAAACCAACGGCUGA